GCAAGACACAAGAGCCAACAGACAGACAGACAGACAGACAGACGGAGCAGAAGACUCAGAGCAGGCUGAUGGAGAACUACACCUACAACAGCUUCACCCUGCAGCUGGAGGGGCUGAAUGUCUCCAAGGACUCUGUCUACCCCGUCUUUCUCUUCUUCUUUUUCUCCUACAUUUUCAUCAUAGUCAUGAAUGCAGGUAUUGCACUACUGGUUUUCACGGACAAGAGCCUCCACCAGCCCAUGUACCUGCUGUUCUGCAACCUGCCAGUUAACGACAUCCUGGGGAACUCCAUCAUGGUGCCUCGUCUGCUGUCAGACAUGCUGCUGCUGCGCUCAGAGCCCCUCAUCAGUUAUUACGAGUGUGUGGUCCAAGCCUUCACCACACACAUGUUUGGGACCGCUGCUCACACUGUGCUCAUGAUCAUG